AUGAAACACUCACACCUCUACGAGCUGCAACCCGACCCAUACGACUUUACGCAACGGAAAACGUGCAGAGUGUGUCUGUUUAAAGAUGUAAAAAACGCGGCGGAACUCUCACAACUACUGAAAGAGGGAAAAAUCGAUGCGGCGUUGAUUCGUGCGGAGCUCGUACUCGAACCAUUUGUACUUCUCGCCGCCGCGAAUCGUGCUGUUCAUCAGUCGGCUCAUAAUCGAAUGAGUUGCAGGAGUUUGUCGGCGGAGCUCGUCUACUCGCUAUCGCCAAGCAGAAAUAUCAGCGACUCCUUGGUAACAUUCGGAAUCGCCGAACACUCGACUGCUCUAAUCGCCGCCAUUUUCGACGACAAAUCUGGAAGUGAAAUGAAGAAAUUGGCGAAGAAAAUCAAGGGAACACCAGAACCAAUGAUGUCUGGACUGCCGAAAUUUGCAAAUGUCAGCCUUAUCAAGAAGGUUUAUCAAGUCGGAAACCCGGCAUUUGCCGAGGAAGGACUCUCCGAUCACAUCGUUUCGAGAAUGGUUUCCAAGGAUUUCGUCUCAUAA